UUUAUCAUUAAGGCAAGAUAAUUCUGUUGACAAAUGUUUUUUCGAUGCGACAAUUAUGGACGUGGAAGAAGAAUCAUACAACACAUUUUCUAGUCCGUUCCUCUCCAAAAGUUUAUCAAUGGCUCUUAAUGCUAGAAGGAAACGCCUACGGGAAGAUAUAAGACAAAACUACAGGGACCAACUGUUGAAUAGAGUCGACAAUCUUUUGACAAAGCUUAAUAAGGAACGUGGAGACCCCGGAGAACGUGACCAACAAAAAGAGCAGGAAACCAAUGAUAACUCGGACGUUGAAAGCCAAGCCGAUAGCGUCGGUCCAGCAGAGAGUGAAGUCACACUACCCAUGUUAACAGAUAGGGAAAAUACAAUGGUCAGUACAGGUGGAAUGAAAGAGCAAUGCAAUAGUCAAGAACAAUGCAAGAAAUCUCCAUCUUCGGCAGCAAUUAAGGCUAGCACACCAAGCACGAUGUAUACUCCACGCAAUGCGAGAACGUCACCACCCAAACCAAAUUCAGCAACAACAAAAUCUAGGCGACCUUCUACACAAUCUCCUGGCUUUCCAAGAGAAAAUAUUGUCAACAACAUGAAGGUACAAUACAUUUGUGUUCUUACUUUUAAUGCUCAGGUAGAAAUAGUGAUUACAAAGGUAUCAAUGAUCCCGGGGAAUGAUCCCUUAGAAUGUGAUAAAAAAACUUGA